AUGUCUUUAAAGUCACCGGGACCUUUUUUCACAAAUUAUCUUGGUGCAAAUGCAAUUACGAGCAAUAAUACUUUUUUACUGGCUUCACCCUAUACGAUUGAUAAUAAUUCUUGGUCUUUGCUCACUAUCCCAUUACCUAGUGUUCAUAAUAAAGAUUUUGGAUAUGAUAAUACCCUGAUAAACAAAACUAUUCCAUCAAUCAAUGCUAUUGUCAAUUCAUCAACAACCAUCCUAAACGUCACCUUCGUUUAUCAUAUUGCUUUGUCAACUGGCAACAUCACAAUCUACAAAGCCUCUGAUAACAGUAUUAGACAAAGAGUUUCAGUAACAAUGUAUGAAUUCUGUAAAAUCAAUCCAGAUGGAUAUACUGUUAGUAUAACAGUUAUUAGUAACAUUUUCAACGAGUAUGGCGAACAAUAUUUUGUGACGAUGGAUAAUAAUUUUGUCAAGCGUGUUCAAACUAAUGAACCUCUAAAAGGAAUUCAUGAUGGUAUUUGGAUUCUUAAAUCAGAUAAUCAGAAAAUAUACUCAGAUGAAUCCAUUAUGGGCUCAGUACGUCUUACCAUAGACGCUUCCAAAAGAUUCAUAAAACAUAACAAUCAAUCAGCAUACAUUGAUACUUUAUUGAAUGAACUUGCUGAUAAAGUGCCAAUACGUCGUUCCCGUUUAAGCGCAAAAAAUAAUUUCCAAGAAGUAUUUAACGGUCAAAUCGCUAUUCCAAUCAGAAUAGAGAUGGCAAACAACGAGGUUGAAAGGAGUUCUUCUGAUGUAUUUUCGGAUUUAAAUAGUAUGAUUAUAUACAAGAAUAUUACUACCUUCUCUUCCGGUGUGACAAAUGAUUUAGACCAAGAUUACGGCUUUAAAUUAAUUG